ACGAUCAAGGCCUCAGCAAGGCGCUGGCAGGAUUUGUGUCGCACUGAGAUCUGUCUCCGGGGUUCCGUUUCUUCCCGACGGACGAGGAGCUAAUUGUUCACUACCUGUGCCACCGCGGCGCCCGGCCCGGCCCCCAGCAUCAUCCCCGACCUCGACAUCACCAAGUUGGAACCGUGGGAGAUGCCCGACAAUGCAAGGUUGAGCGGGCAGGAGUGGUACUUCUCCCUGCAGGAUCGCAAGUACGCCACCGGCUCCAGGACCAACCGUGCCACCAGCUCAGGCUACUGGAAGCCUACUGGCAAAGGCAGGUUGAUUAUCACUAGUCUCUCCGCUGCUGACGACAACACGCUGCUCGGCUUCAAGAAGACGCUUGUCUUCUACAAGGGACGCGAACCCACUGGUAUCAAGACAAGCUGGGUAAUGCACGAGUACCGCCUUGACCGCGAUACCCUAAUGUUGUCCGGUACCAAGCUACGUGGUUCAUCAUCGUCCACGGCCUCCAACACGAUGCUACAUGACGAGUGGUUGCUGUGCAGAAUCUUCAACAGGGCGACGAACCUGCGACGGCCCUCGCCAUUCCUGGACGACGAUGGCCUGCAAGGUGGUGUUGACUCCCUCAUCGCAUUCAAAUCUGCUGCUGAGCACUUCUUGGAUGCCAUGAAAUCUGCUUACAACACGCCGCUGUUUCCCUUGCUGCCACCAAUUCCAUGCAUCAACGAUCACCUCAUGCAGAAAACGGACACCGCUAAGCGGUUCGAGAAAACAGCCCCGCCGCAGAUCGAUGCAGUUGACAGCAGGAGACAACGCGCUACAAGCAGUGACGGCAGCGUACAGUGACGAUGCUGAGUAACAAGCUAGGUAGGCGAGUUGCAG